AGAGUUGGCAAACGAGCUAGGUUCUCUAUCUUAUUGGCAACGUUGUAGUCUGGCAAGUCUAGAGUGGUUUCUUUUUAGAAGACUUCUCUUUGCCGUUAAGAAGGCUCAAACAUGUCAGCCACUACAGGGAAAGUCCCGGCCAAGGUGGUCCCAGCACCUGUGGUUUCAAAGUCUAAACUGCCAGCAGUUCCCGAGUCACUGCUGAAACGCAGGAAGAAGCAGAAGGCCGAUCGUACCAAGAGGCUCGAACAAGCCUUAGCUUACCUUAAGGCUCGUCGCGCCAGACGUGUUGAAAUCUUCAAACGUGCUGAAAAAUACAUCAAGGAAUACAGGACCAAGGAGAGGGAUGAAAUCAGGUUGGCCCGUCAAGCCAAGAAAGCAGGAAACUUCUAUGUGCCUGCUCAGUCUAAGUUGGCCUUUGUCAUCCGUAUUCGAGGUGUUAACCAAGUUGCCCCCAAAGUCCGCAAGACCCUUCAACUCUUCAGGCUGCGACAGAUCAACAAUGGUGUCUUUGUCAAGCUCAACAAGGCUACCUUGAACAUGUUGCGUAUUUGCGAACCUUACAUUACCUGGGGUUACCCUAACCUCAAGAGCGUUCGCGACUUGAUCUACAAACGUGGUUUCGCCAAGGCCCGCGGACGUCGCAUUCCUUUGACCAGCAACGACAUCAUCGAGCGAAAGCUAGGAUCAGGAAACGUCAUCUGUAUGGAGGAUUUGGUCCACUCCAUCUUCACUGUUGGAAACAACUUCAAACACGCCUCAAACUUCCUCUGGCCAUUCAAGUUGAACACUCCUACUGGAGGCUGGCGCAAGAAGACAAACCAUUACGUCGAAGGCGGUGACUUCGGUAACCGCGAGGAGAAGAUCAACGAGCUCCUCCGCCGAAUGAUUUAAAUUACGUUAUAAUGGUGUCGAUUGGUCAUGGCGUUGUUGGAAAUACAAAGGUCGUGACUCGAAA